UACCUGUUCACCAUCCUGGAUGAAGAGUCCAAGUCAUCGUUUGACGAGGAGCGACGUCGCGACGGCCGGCCCACCGCCAGUUUCUCGGACAAUGUGGCAAUGCUUGGGACACCCAACUUCUUAGCUGGUCGUCUUGUCCGCGCCUGUUCCUUCUGUCCGUCCGAGGCCAACUCUCUGCUCACCGUUCACUCUUUGCCGCACGCCGCAGUCGAGGAGUCGAGAGAUCUGGCCGUGCCCCGCGCCUCCUCCCCCAUAGACAAAGGUGAGCAGCCGUACAUGAGUCGUCUGUCUCUGGUGUGUGUGUGGAACGUGUCGCAGCCUACGUACCCGUACAGGAUAUGCGCCAGUGAGAUGCUGGUCACGUGCGCCUGUUUCAGCCCGCUCAAGGCUUCUCUCGUCUUUGCAGGGAUGUAUGACGGCUCUGUGGCAUUGUGGGAUCUCCGUGAGUCGGUGGCACAGCACCGCAGUCUACAAGUGGAAGGCCAAGAACAUCUGGUUCGAUUCCCGACCUACAAUACAGGUCUCUCAAGGAUGACAGCACGGCUGAGUCCAGCUCCGGUCUGUCCUUCCAGGUGGCCUCGGUGGAUGAGAGGGCUGUCGUCAACUUAUGGGUGGUGGCAGAAAUAGCCACGCCCGACCCCGCCGGCUCCACCAACGACCUUGGCCUUUCCCCCGGCGGAAAAAUCAAACUGAUGCGAAGCUCGGCCGUGACCCUCAGUAACCCCAACAAAUACCCCGGUCCCGGUGGUGUCCAUAGACUUCUCUCCCUUUGGCCAGCCGUACUUUCUGGCCGGCUGUGAUGACGGGACCCUCCACUUGUUUCAUACAAAGAUGGAGCACCCGGUGGCGUCGUGGCGAGAGUUUGUGUCAGGGGAGAGAAUCCUGAGUGUGCGCUGGUCUCGCAGCCGCCCGGCCGUGUUUUUUGUGCUGGACAACAACUCCACGGUUUUCACCUUUGACCUUGUGGAGAACGGGCUGGCGCCGAUGAAGACAGACCGCAUCACAACAGCAGA